GAUUGGCUGAUAGUUUCGGAUUAGGGUUUGUUUUCAAGUGUUUGGCAUUAUUGAUGGCGAGAAAGGGCGAAGGACGGGCGAUUGGAAUCGAUUUGGGGACGACAUAUACGUGCGUGGCGGUGUGGAAGCACGGCCGUAUUGAGAUAAUAGUAAACGAUCAGGGCAACCGCACCACCCCGUCCUACGUGGCUUUCACCGACACUGAGCGUCUCGUCGGCGACGCCGCCAACAAUCAAGCCGCCAGAAAUCCUAUUAACACUGUUUUCGAUGCAAAGCGGUUGAUUGGUCGCAAAUUCAGUGACCCAACGGUUCAGAGUGACAUGAAGUUGUGGCCAUUCAAGGUCAUACCCGAUGUUGCCGACAAACCUAUGAUCGUGGUAAACUACAAAGGGGAGGAGAAACAGUUUUCAACCGAGGAGAUCUCUUCAAUGGUGCUCUCUAAGAUGAAGGAUAUCUCUGAGGCAUAUCUUGGAUCCACCGUCAAGGAUGCUGUCGUGACUGUACCUGCUUAUUUCAACGACUCUCAGCGUCGGGCGACCAAGGAUGCUGGAACCAUUGCUGGUCUUAACAUUAUGAGGAUCAUCAAUGAGCCUACAGCUGCAGCCAUUGCGUAUGGUCUUGAUGAUGGGAAUGCUAGCUCUGAGACAAAGAAUGUACUCAUUUUUGACCUUGGUGGUGGCACGUUUGAUGUGUCUAUAGCUACAAUUGAGGCUGGCACCAUAAAAGUGAAGGCUGUUGCCGGUGAUACUCAUCUUGGAGGUCAAGACUUGGACCACCAGAUGGUGAAUCACUUCAUGAAAGAGUUCAAGUGCAAGUAUCGUAAGGAUAUAAGUGGAAGCCUAAGAGCGGUUAGGAGAUUGAGGACCGCCUGUGAAAGAGCAAAGAGGAUCCUUUCUUCCACUUUCCAAACCACAAUUGAGAUUGAAGCAUUGUUUGAGGGGAUUGAUUUCUUUUCUACUAUUACUCGGGCUAAAUUCGAUGAACUUAACACGGGUUUAUUCAGCAAGUGUGUGGAGCAGGUGGAGAUGUGCUUGCGAGAUGCAAAGAUGGAGAAGAGCAGCAUCCAUGAAGUGGUGUUGGUUGGGGGGUCAAGUAGAAUUCCCAAGAUCCAGCAAUUGUUGCAGAACUUGUUUAAUGGAAAAGAUUUGUGCAAGAGUAUUAAUCCAGAUGAAGCUGUGGCAUAUGGUGCUGCUGUGCUAGCUGCCAAGCUGAGUGGCGAUGGCAAUAACACCGUCCAGAAUCUUGUUGUUUUGGAUGUCACUCCUUUAUCCCUUGGUGUUAAAUGUGAUGGAGAUAUCAUGAGCGUUAUUAUCCCGAGGAAUACAACUAUCCCAACCAGGAGAACAAAAAGUGGUUUCUGCACAGUUAAGGACAAUCAGACCAGUGUGACAAUUAGGGUGUAUGAGGGCGAAAGAAGCAGGGCAUCAGACAACAAUCUGCUUGGGCAAUUCAAGCUCGAAGGCAUUCCACCAGCUCCCAGAGGUGUUGUUAAAUUCAAGGACUGCUUCGACAUUGAUGUGAAUGGUAUCAUGACUGUGUCAUCGGAAGUAACGGGUACUGAACUGAAGAAGAGCAUCACCAUCACUAACGAAAAUGGCAGGCUGUCCAAGGUAGAAAUUGAAAAUAUGAUUAUGGAUGCCGAGAAGUACAAGCAGGAGGACGAGGAGCAUAAGAAAAAUGUUAAGGCAAAGAAUGUUGUGGAGGACUAUGCCUACAGCACGAGAAACACAAUCAGAGGUGCAGCCAGGCUCACACAAGCAGACAAGAAUAAGAUGGAAGUUGCCUUUGAGUCUUUCAUAGAGUGGGUGAAGUCAAAUAAAUAUGCAAAAGCUGACGAUUUUGAAGACAAGAUGAAGGAGCUCAAGACUAUUUUCGGCCCGAUUAUUGACAAGAUGUAGCAAGAAGAAGGCUUGGUGAUUUGGACUAUAGAGAAGUAGACUGGCAGGAUCAUAUAGUUUGUUUUGUUCCGUUUUGCUGGUAUAGACACCUUGUUGAAGUGAGGCCAACAUUUCAGUGUAUUAGACUGAAAAAAUAUGGUGAAAUGAUAUUUUUGACUGCUUUAUAAGUGAAUGAAAA